UACUCGAUGGAAGAUUGGAAAGUCAGUAAUGGAAGUUUGUUGAAUGCUUCCGACAGAAUAAAAGCAGGAUCUGAACUUAUGAGAGCUGAAGCGUUGAGGGUGUGCGAAGAUGCUUGUGAGAAAACCAGAAAAGGUAGCAGAGAUGUGACGAAGAGAUUGGACGAUCGAGCGAAAGAUAUCGAUCACUGGAAGAAAGAACUGGAAAAAGAACUUAACGAUUUGGUCAACGAAACUAAAAAUUUAGAAAAAAUUGAAAAUUGCGUUUCAAAUGCCCUGGCUUACACAGAUAUGCCACUGGAAAUGAUUUUGAAAUGCAUCGAAGAGAGGAAGAACCGAAAGGAGAUUGAAAUGGUCGAUGAUGACGUAGACGAAGAACUGAGAAAGGAAUUGGAGAAUAUUCAAAGUGUCCGAUCUGCCUUGGGGAAUCAUUUGUUUGAUGUACAGGGACAAUUGCAGCGUAACAAGCACAUUCAGAACCUUCUGAGCGACAACAUAAUGGACAAACACAGAGCUAAUGUUAUCGACAAAAAGUGCAGAGACAUGAAGAACACUUCAGCCAAUCUGAAAUUUCCUCCUGGCAUUGAGAGUGCUAAUACGACUAUCAGUGAUCCACAAGCUUGGGUUGAACAAGCAGUCAAUUUGAUUCAAGCGAGCCAAGCUGAAAGAACAAAAAGUCGAUCCCUCGACCAAGAUAUCAACCGUCUGGUCGGUCAGUUAUCGGGAUCGCUGGUUAAACAUUGGAUUUCGACGAAUGAAGUGCUAUCUUUUAGAAUUGAGGACCACCUUCGAGCAAAACACAAACUUGAAACUCACUUACGAGAGCUAUCAAACGAACUGAUAGAUGCCCAAAAAACGACAGAAUAUUUGAAGAAAAACAUUAGAGACAAAAACGCACCAAUUCAACUGGCACAAACUCGUCUGCAUGUCAGAGCGAACAGACUAAAUAUGGAGGCCUGCCUAGAUCCAGCCCAUGAAAAAUUAGUAAAAGAACUAACAGAUCUUGAUGAAAACGUGGAUGAACUGAUGAAAAAACUAAGAGAGGCAGAGUACGUUGAAGGACAUCUUGCCAGAAGUAUAAAAUCUCUGCAACACGAUUUGAACUUGAAGAACCACAGUUUGUUCAUUGACAGAGACAAGUGCUUGAGUCUUAGAAAAACGUUUAACAUGAACCCACGA